AUGGAGAAUACGAAACAACUUAUUGCUCAAGUUCUGAACAGAUUUGAAAAUGAGAAUGGUGGCAAUUUACUGGUAGCAACGCUGUGUCUAUUAGAAGCAUCAGCUAGUGGGCUCCUAGAAACAGAGCUUUUGACCAUAUUAGGAGAUGAGGAGAGUCUCAACAUACCUGAUAGUUAUGAUGCAACAGCGAGUGGUGGCAACAAGGGUGAUUCAAGAGAUAGACUUUCCAUGCAGCUGAGUGCUGCAAAAUGGGCUGCAGUGUACCGGGCAUUACGGCCAUUCCUCCGUCCAUUUGGUGAUAGCGGUGAAGGAAGGCUUGAUUUCUAUCAUAGAUCACUUAGUAAAGCUGUACGCAGAAAGUAUUUCUUACAAGAUGAUGAAAGUGACAGCGAAUCCAGGAACAUUUAUCAUUUCUGGCAUUCCAAAUUAGCUGAUUAUUUUGAGUUUGAACAGAAUGUGGAUCGCAAAGUAGAGGAAUAUCCAUACCAGUUAGUGAAGAUUGGUGAUAAGGAAAGAUUGUGUAGCUGUCUGAUGGAGUGGCCAAUAUUUGACAGGCUGUAUAGGGAAGAUUACAGCUCUCAACUGCUGGCUUAUUGGAGGAAAGCUGGGGGUUACGACAAAAUGGAAGAGUGUUACAAAGUGUCUCUCAAGGAACUGGAAAACUUUGGAGCAACGAAAGACGAGAUUGCUUUGAGAUAUGAGCAUAUCACAAGAGUGUUAGUACAAGCAGGAUUUUAUGAAUCAGCAAAAGUAUUAUUACAAUCACUUAUAAAACUUGAGGAAGACGAGCUUGGAGCACGGCCAGAAAGGAUGGUUGAGGUGUAUGGAUUAUGUGCAGAAUUGUGGGAUGAGAUUUCCAAACUGCAUGAGUUUAUAACGGGAGAGAAUAUUAAAGAUCUUCGUCCAGCGCUUGAGUUUGGCAGAAAAUCUGCCGCGAUCCGAGCCACUUUAGAAGGUGAUGUUCACAAGUAUAAGUUAGCGGUGUCGUUGAUGGGCUUGGCGUUCAAUUUGAAUGUAUGGUCUGACUGUGGUGGUGAUUCAAAUUUAUCCGCCAGUGAAGCAAUCAAUGAGGGCAAAGAAAAAAUAGAACAAGCUAUUCUGGUGUUUCAAGAGAUGAAGGACCUUGGUAGGCAGGCAGAGGCUAACAUGACAAAGGCUAUUCUUCACCCGAGAGGCAGUGCAGAACAGUUGCAUUUUUAUGAGUUGGCUUUAGAACAAUGUAAGCAGGCAUUGGGUGAUAAUUGUAAACUGAUGACUCGGCUGGUCAGUAAUAUCGGUAUUUAUUAUGAAGACAGUGGAGAUUACUACUCAGCCUAUGAUCACUUCAAGAAAUGGUAUCAAGUCAGUAUAGAGGUUUUUGGAGAGAACCAUCCAAAGACAAAUGUGGCCAGGAACGCUUUGAAUGAAACUACAUACAAAAAUAUAGCAAUGCAAGAAGAAGACGGCACAAGGGAAGAGUACGAAGCCAUGGCCAGGCAGAACAGAAUUGCAGAUGAAUAUUAGCUUUACUAUCGAAGAAGUCUGCAGAGCAGGGCUGUUCAUAUUACUGAUUGUUCGUCAUUGUCAACUUUACAUUUUCAACUUUUUCUUAAAAGCCCAAUUAUUUUAAUAUGUG